UAUGGCAAGCUAUUUUACAUAAAAUGGUCUCCAUCUAACGAUCUAUAAUUACACUCUAGAUAUCUAAAGUGAGAACCACAGUUUGACUAUCCUGAAUUUAAUUCAUGCAUUUACAUUUUGACUAGUAAUAAGAAUAAGUCAAGAUAUCUUCAAGGACAUUUUGUCAGAUCAAAAUACCUUUCAGGAAGUCUCGAAUGCUGGCACUGGAUUUAUCAUUUGAAGGGGCAAACAUCCAGAAUUACAAUACAAAACAUCUAGAAUGUAAUUACGGCUCAUCAAAAUGACAUUUUCACAUAUGAGAACUAAGAACAAUACAUAACCCCCCCAGUGCUGCCCUUGGGCUGUCCCAACAGUUGCCUGCAGAAUUUAGAUCUCCUGCACAAAAUUGUCAGUAAAAGCUCAUCAGUAAAUGAGGAGAAAGCAAACUUCAUUAAUGUGAAGACUUUUCAGAAAUCUGCAGAGAAUUUAUUUAUUCUUUUCUGAUUUACAUAAUGCACUUAAAACCAGCUUACUUCUGCUGUCAACCCAUUCAGAAGUUGAAACUUCUGAAUUUUUUCUUGAAAUUUCAAAAUAUCACAUACAUCUGGAAAGCUUUGACUAAGCAAUAAUUAUUCAAGAUAUCAUUAAUAUCACUCUGACUAGUCGGAAUGUUAAUUAGAUGUCUGCUAAAGAUAUCUCUAAUUCAUUUGGUGCCAAAAAUACAAUUUCAUCCAGGUAUCUGUAAGUUAGUUUGCUUCAACAUUUCUGCAAUUUAAUUUGUAUUAGUCAGAUCUAUAUAACAUCUAAAAAGAAAUGUACAAUAACUUUAAUUGGAGGAAUAACUAGUCACAGCAAAAGGUAAGAUAUCUCAAAGUUACUUUAAAUUACUUUACAGAUAGUAAGUAAUUGAACUGAAGCCUCCCUGUAGCUUCAUGAUAUAUGAAUAUGGAAAACCUUCACUGACAUUCGGGACAUAAACAGUCCACUAAGACAUUUCUAUUUAGCAACAUUUUUGUUUCACUUUCUUAGAUGUUUGUUUAUUUCUUUCCAUUGUAAAUGCUUGUUUUGGUUUAAGACCUUUGUAGACCAAUGAGAUCUCAAUAAUAACAUAAAUUAAACAUAUUAUUAUUUAUACUAGUUGGUAUGUAAUUAGAGAGAUCUCAAAUAUGUAUUUUCUCAGUCAUGAUAUAAUUGGAGGUGUCUCAAUUUGCUAAUAUGUCUAGUCAUUAACCAAAUUAAGAUAUAUUGAGCGUAAGCGUAGUGAAACCAACUUCAUGUUAAAACGGCCUGCCAUACUCUUUGGGCACGUUACCAUCAAGCAUCAUGGCCGCUUUUCUUUCGCAAUCGAAGGUCAGACAAACUUUCACUUCUGAUUGGUUCAAUUUUUAUAGAACCCACCUGCUCUUUCAACCACGUGAUCCCACACUUCUGUUACUGCCUCUGGCGCCUGCCACUCACAGACGCUCCAGCCAAUCAGGAGCUCUGUCCUCUGGGUUUACGUCACAGGCACUCACCGGCAGCUAACGCUAGGAUCCAAGAUGUCCGCGAUGUUCCCCAUGUGUGUAAGAGCCAGCCGGAGCCUUCUGCGGUUCCAGGGCGGGACGUCAGCUGCUUCCAGCCCGCAGCAGGUGCUGGAUAUCAUCCGGACUCUGUCCACGGAGAAGAACCCACCCGGUACCGGCGGUGCGACGGGAGGGCUAGCCCAGGCUAUCCUCCAGGAGAGGCUUCAGCAGAGUCAGGGUCAGCCACCACCAGAGGGCGAUCCGAGUCAGAAGGACGGAGAGCAGACGGAGGACAGGAAGCAGAAGGAGAACUCGGCCUACGCCAAGAAGAUGGUGCUGCGGCUGGCGGGGCUCAUGGGCGUGGGCGGGGCCGCCAGCCUCGUCUACAUCUUUGGGACAAAUUCAGAGGACGAGCAAGGAAACAGGAUUCCUGAUGAGUUCGAUAAAGAUCCGCCUGUUGUGCAGCAGCUCAGAAGAACCUACAAGUACUUCAAGGACUACCGACAGAUGAUCAUCGAACCGACGAGUCCGAAGCUGCUUCCCGACCCGCUGAAGGAGCCGUACUACCAGCCGCCGUACACGCUGGUUCUGGAGCUGACCGACGUUCUGCUGCACCCGGAGUGGUCGCUGUCCACCGGGUGGCGCUUCAAGAAGCGGCCCGGCAUCGACUUCCUGUUCCAGCAGCUGGCGCCGCUCUACGAGAUCGUCAUCUUCACGGCCGAGACGGGCAUGACGGCGUACCCUCUGAUCGACAGCAUCGACCCGCAGGGCUUCGUCAUGUACCGCCUCUUCAGGGACGCCACGCGCUACAUGGAGGGGCACCAUGUCAAGGACGUGUCGUGCCUGAACCGGGCCAGCAGUAAGGUGAUCAUGGUGGACUGUAAGCGCGAGGCGUUCCAGCUGCAGCCCUUCAACGGCCUGGCGCUCAGGAAGUGGGACGGAAACUCCGACGACCGGACCCUCUACGACCUCGCCAACUUCCUGAAGGCCAUCGCUCUGAGCGGCGUGGACGACGUGCGUGGCGUUCUGGAGAACUAUGCCCUGGAGGAUGACCCCAUCGAGGCCUUCAAACGCCGCCAGGCCCAGCUAGCCCAGGAGGAGCAGCAGCGCCUGGCGGACCUCUCCCAGCAGAAGAAGCCGGCUCUCUCUCUGGGCUCCAUCACGACCCGGUUCUGGCGGUCCAAGCAGCAGUGAGGCCCGCAGAACCUCUCACCCACACCGCUCCACCCGGAGGUCGGGUUCUGGAAGCGGAGCGGGGCUCUGGAGGCCCCGGCCCCCUUCCUCUCUGUGUGUCCUGAUUGGACCCAGGUGAGUUUGGACCUGCUGGAGAUCGACGGCUGAACCAGAACCAGAACUGGCUCUGGUUCUCCUCCGCCCUGGACCGGACCUGGUAUCGGCUUCCCCCCCGUCCUGCAGGGGGUGCAGUAACUCUGACAGAAUAAAUCACUGAUGUUCAGGACGUGAGCGGCGGUUCUGGUGGACGUUGGACCGGACCGGACCGGGACCCUGCAGGAGCUGCUGCUGCGGUUCUGUUGGCCUCAUAAAGCUCUGAAACAAACAUGUGCUGCGACUUUUCACCAGCAGGAGGAGCAGCUGAGCCCGGCAGGCCCGGUUCUGGGAUGGAACCGGACCUUCAGAACAUCAGACCAAUAAAAAGUUUAAAAAUAAACUCAGCCUUCUUCCUUCCACUCAACUUUCUCUGCAUCUGCUGGCCCGUCCACUCAGCCGGAUCAGAAUCAGAACUUUUUAUUGGUCUGAUGUAAUAUUCUGAUAUUUACUGGAAUAAAUCAGAUUUUCAACCAGAA